UUACUGCCACAAUGGGCUCGUCGCGUGUGGGUUUCGAGCGUGGACACCACAAACUUGCAGAUAUGAGGAGAUAUAGUGCGAGAUACCGCUCCAUGUCCUUUUUUGUCCCAGCCGUCCUUUGCUUUGUGCUUACGUCCAUUGGAUCCUUUGCUUUUUGUUCCUUGAACAAUCAAAGGAGAUCCACCCAAUCUAAGCUCACACGUUACGCCACCCAAGGUUCUGGUGAAGUCGAGGAGGUGUGCAUAGAGAUGAAGGAAGCGCUGAACGGGAAGAUUGGAGUUGCCAUUCAGUCUGGAAGGAGGACUGUCAGCCGUUUAGCACAUAAGGACGCAGCUUUGAUGGGCUGGCGGGUGGGCGACGUUAUUGUUGAGGUGAAUGGGAAGCCAGUCAAGGACAACGAGGCUGUGAAGGCUGCAGUUACAGAAGCACUACAGCGGCAUUCGGCUGGCGAAGCCAUGCGUUUUGUUGUGCGGCGCUUGAAGGCACCUGUUGACAGGUCCUGCGGCAUGAUGCGGAUGACUCCAGGCACCGGUGGUGAACUCACGAUGUCCAUGCUUGACCUGACCCAGAGUUUGCUUGGCAGCGUUCAGGUAGUGUUGUUUUUGGACGGCACCAUCAAGGCUCCUAACACUGAGCUGUCAGCGGGUGCUGUGAAGGCCUUGCUCAAAACAGGGCUUGCUUUCAAGGCAAUCGAUUGCAAUGAUGAGAAAUACAAUCCAGGCGUGAAAGCCGCCAUUCAGGAGCUCACCGGCCAGCAGGUUCCCCAGCUGUUCGCUGGAGGACAGCGUGUGGCAAACGGCCAGGAGAUUCAGGAGAUGGAUCAAGCCAGUUUGUUAGACAAGCUGUCGGCCCUGGGAGCUGUGGAGGCGGCUUGAGCAGCUCAGCGAAAAGAAACGCAUGUGGCCGCAUGUGUGCUUUGUUUCACUGAGCUGAUGCAAAGGGCAAAUUUCUUGCAAGUUUGGAGUUGGUAAGCCACUUUGCUACUGGUCCGAAUCGCCAAUUUGCGAGUGAA